UGAGUUUUGGCAAAGAAGGAAGGCCGCUUCAGUCUGAUUUAAUUUCACCAAAUAUUGAAAACAGGAUAAUGGAAACUAAUAAUGUUAAAACAUUUCAUCAAUGUGUUGUAUGUGGUGAGAUUUUUCAACAAUAUGAUGAUUUAGAUCAUCACACCAAAAUACAUGUUAAAGAAGAGAAAACUGAUGAUAUAGAUGAAUAUUUUUAUGUUAAAGAAGAGAAAAUUGAUAAUGUAGAUGAAUAUUGUCAUGUUAAAGAAGAGACAACUGAUGAUGUAGAUGGAUAUUGUCAUGUUAAAGAAGAGAAAAUUGAUGAUGUAGACGAAUAUUGUCAUGUUAAAGAAGAGAAAACAGAUGAUGUAGGUGAAUAUUGUCAUGUUAAAGAAGAGAAAACAGAUGAUGUAGAUGAAUAUUGUCAUGUUAAAGAAGAGAAAACUGAUGAUGUAGAUGAAUAUUGUCAUGUUAAAGAAGGGAAAACUGAUGAUGUAGAUGAAUAUUGUCAUGUUAAAGAAGAGAAAACUGAUGAUGUAGAUGAAUAUUGUCAUGUUAAAGAAGGGAAAACAGAUGAUGUAGAUGAAUAUUGUCAUGUUAAAGAAGAGAAAACUGAUGAUGUAGAUGAAUAUUGUCAUGUUAAAGAAGAGAAAACUGAUGAUAAUGAAACAUGCUAUCAGUGUAAUUUGUGUGAUGAAGAAUUUAAAUCUGACACUGAUUUAGAGAAACACUGUGAAAUACAUCUUAAAGUCGAGGAGACCAACGACCAAACAGAACAGAUUUCAGGACAAUUUAAAGAUGGUGAUAAGUUUCAAGAUCAGAUGGGUAUUAAAAGACCAUAUAAAUGUGAUGUUUGUAGUAAAUCAUUCACCAGGAGUAGUGAUCUACAAACACACAUCAGAACUCAUACAGGUGUAAAACCUUUUACGUGUGAUGUUUGUGGUAAAUCAUUCACACACCAUGGAAACCUACAGAAACACCUGAGAAUUCAUACAGGUGAAAAACCUUAUAGAUGUGAUGUUUGUGGUAAAUCAUUUACCCAGAAUGGUGGUCUACAGCAACAUAUGAAAACACAUACUAAAGAGAGAGUUGUUGUAUGUCAUGUUUGUGGUAAAUCAUUUUGUCAGAAAUCAGAAAUUGUGAGACACAUGAGGACUCACACAGGUGAAAAACCAUAUAAAUGUAAUUUUUGUAGUAAAUCAUUUAGUCGAAGAAAUAGUCAGACGGCACACAUGAAAAUUCAUACAGGAGUGAGACCUUUUAUAUGUGAAUUUUGUACGAAAACAUUUUUAUGUAAGGGUGAGCUAAACAAGCACAGGAGAAUUCACACUGGUGAAAAACUUUAUAAAUGUAAUUUCUGUAGUAAAUCAUAUGCCCUGAAUUCUCAUUUAAAAAUACACAUGAAUAGCCAUACAAAAAAAGACACUUUUGAAUGUGAUAUUUGUGGUAAAUCAUUUUCAUAUAAAUGUCAUCUACAAAAACACAUAAAAAUUCACACAAAAAUAUGACAUUUUAAAAUUUAUGGCAUGUGAUGUUUUGUGGUGAAUAAUUUUCUGAGAGUUGCCAUCUACGCCAUCAUUUCAGACCUCAGCAUUUGUAUGUCAUUUUCUCAUUAAAGAAAUGAAAUGUGGUGUAGCAUCCUACUGUCUUGCUCUGACUAGGCUUAAAUGAAGUUGGGCUUACGUCCUGCAGCGUGCUACAUAUGUAUGAGGGUUAGCUUGCCUGGAAAUCGGGACUAUGUCUGUAUCAUGUAUCUAAUAUCUAAUUCCAACUGGCCAGGGUUAUUUUACAUGCCUGAGAGUUGGCAAAAAGCUCAGUGUAUAGGAAGAAGUUCAGUGUUCUGAUGUUUGAGUAUAAAUAAUCCAAAUGGUAUUGUGGGAGGGAGGGCGGAGACAGUGGACGAUAUUGACAGAAUUGAAAAGUAAAAGUCUGUGCGAUCGACAGUUAUUAAUUGAAUUGUCUGAAAUUCUUCUAAAAGUCUCGACAACCGUAGGAAGUGGUAGAGAUGUAAAUGUUCAGUAUUCAAGUCUUGAUUCUGUGAAAUAAAACACAUGU